AUGGACUUGUACCAAGAAGAAAUAUACAAUAGAGCAAAUGUAAACGUGAGCGUUAUCGUUCAUGAUAAUAUAAAAGAUGUUAUAAUAAAAAAUCUUGAGAAUAAUAUGACCGAUAAGAAUAUAAUAAUAAAUAAUUAUAAUUAUAAUGAUAUUACCAAGAUUAAUAAUAUACCAAAGGAUAAUGUUAAUGAUGAAGAAAAAGGAAUAUUAUCCUUAUGGUUAAAAAAAAUAAAAGUCGUAUCAUCUGUUAUAAUUUUAUGUGUUGACUGGCAACAUAUAUAUAGUCAACAGAAUACACAAUCUAAUUCAAAAGAUAAUAUUUUGAAGGAAAAUAAGAAUACCGAAAGGAAAGGUAGUUAUAUUCGUAAGGAAAGUAUUAUAAAUGAAGGGAUACACAAAAUGGGUGAUAUGAAUUGUUAUGAUAAAAUACAUGGUUAUGGUAAUGUAGAUAAUUAUGGUAAUAUAGAUAAUAACAUUAAUAUAGAUAAAUACAGUAAUGUAAAUAAUUAUAAUAACACAGAUGGUUAUAAUAAUAACAUAGAUGGUUAUAAUAAUAACAUAGAUGAUUAUAAUAAUAACACAGAUGGUUAUAAUAAUAACAUAGAUGGUUAUAAUAAUAACAUAGAUGGUUAUAAUAAUAACAUAGAUGGUUAUAAUAAUAACACAAAUGAUUAUAAUAAUAACACAAAUGAUUAUAAUAAUAACACAGAUGAUUAUAAUAAGCCUAAUAGUUCUAGUAAUAUUUAUAAUUUCCAUAAUAUGAAUAAUUCUUAUGGCGAUAUAAAUAUGGAUGAUAAUAAUUUUUGUUUUGUACAGAAUGAAGAAUACAUGAAUAAAAUAAACAAAGAAUUAUUAAACCGAAUCGAAGAAAUUAAUAAAAUAAUAUUGAAAAGAAAAAAAGUAUGUAAGAUAAUUUUAUUAGUUAUAUUACCAGAAAAUACCAAAAAUACCGAAGAUUAUAUUAAGCAUAUAAGUUUGUUAAAUUGUGAGAAUAUUAGUGCGAUAUUUAUUACUUUGGGUUUAAAAGAAAUACAUAAUAAAAUAAAAAAAUUAGAUAAUUUAUUAAAAGAUUGUGUUACUACUUUUUUUAAACAAUAUAUAAUAACUUAUGAAAGGAAAAGCAAUAUAAAUUUAUUAUCAUUUUUUAAAUAUAAUUUUAAAAAAGCAUAUAUUUUAGAAAUGUUAGAGAAAUAUGAUGAAAGCAUGAAAAUAUAUGUAAAUUUAUGUAAGGUAUUUUAUGAACAUAUUGGUGAUAAUGUUUUUUCAGAUUUAUUACAAUAUUUUAAUUAUGUUAUAUUUUUUAAUUGUGUAAGUAUACGUAUGAUAUAUAUAUAUUUAUAUUUUAAAGACAUAAAGAAAAGUAUACAUCAUAUAUAUACACAUAAUAAGAUAAUAGAAUUAACAUUAAUAAAAAAUGAACCUAUGUUGAAUGAGGAGGAAAAUAAAAUGUGUGUUGAAGACUUUUUUAAUAUAUUUAAUAUAUAUAAUGAAAAGAAAGAAAAUAAAUUUUUUGUAAAUCAGAUAAAAUAUAAAAAAAAUGAUCAUGUUCAUAAUAAUAAUUCAUAUUAUGAUGAUGAAGAAAAAUUAUUAUUAUUAUCAAAUAUAAAUAAAUUAAAAGAAAAGAAUAUAGAUAUUUUAUUAUUAUUAUAUAAUAAAAUAUUAAAAGAAUAUUUAUAUUAUAAUUUACUUUCAUGUGUAUAUUUUUAUUUUUAUCGAAUUAUUAAAAACUUUCAAAUAUAUAUACAAGAUAUAGUACUUUAUGGUAUAUAUUGUUGUUUUUUUAUAUAUAACAAAAUAAAAGCUGUUAAGAAAAAAGACAACCUUAUAGAGAAUUUCCCACAUUCUUAUAUAAUAUAUUUUAAGAUGGAUAGUAUUUCGUUUUUAUAUGAUUUUAUUUUAAAUUUUUUGAUUGAAUUAUUUCGUAUAAUAAAGAUAAACGAAAUAAAUAGUUUAUCUUUAAUAAUUUUAUACUUUUUAUGUACUAUAUAUUAUGAGCAGAAAAAAUAUUUAUUUUGUGCCUUUUUACUUUUGGAAUUUUUUACUCACCCAAAGGAUGAUUUUAUAUUAAAUUGGUUGGAUGUGCAAUAUUUGAAAGAUGAGAAAUAUGACGAGGGCUUAUUUUUGUGUAGUCUUAGGAAGUUCAAGGAGGAUAUGGAAUGUAAAAGGAGAAGGAAUAAUGUCGCCUAUGAACCCUUGGUAUACCUACUUUUAAAUUCAUUAGGUUUUUUGCUAUAUCAUGAGAAUAUAAAAAUGGAUGUCCAGGAUGAUCAGAAGGAGUUGCAAUUUUUUAAUGUGGAUAAGAAAGAAUAUGAAACAUUAUUUGUUGAAAUAUGUUUUGAUUACUUGAAUAUAUUAAUUAGGAAUAAGAAAAAUAAUGAGAAGGAAGAUUUUACAAAAUUUCUGAGGAAUUAUUUUGAUAUGGUGAAAUGUAAUUUAUAUAUGAAUAAGGAUAUUAAUUUAUGUCUCUAUAAUAUAAAUGUAGAUAUGUUUUAUGUUUUUUUUGAGAGUGAUAGUAAUAAUAACAAUAAUAAUAAUAACAACAAUAAUAACAAUAAUAAUAAUAAUAAUAAUAAUAAUAAUAAUAAUAAUAAUAAUAAUAAUAAUAAUAAUAAUAAUAAUAAUUUGUAUGCCUUUUUAGAAAUAAAGGAUAAAUAUUUACAUGAACACGAUUACAAUAAUUUUAUAUUUUUACCCUUUUUUGUUAUUUCAAUAAAUGAUGACAAAAAAUAUUUUACAUAUGUACAUGAUGAUACAUUUGAUGAUACGACGUUUUGUUUUUGUAUUGAUUCAAAUGAAGAAGAUAUGAUUAAUAAACUUAAUUUGGACAUACAUAAUGUUAAGAAUAGAAAAAUAAAUGAUAAUAUACAACAUAACGAUAGUUAUUUAUGUAAAUAUAUGGACAGAACAAAAAAAAUGGUUGUAAGCUUUAUUAUUUCAGAAUGGAAGAAUGAAAUGAAUGUUGAUUAUGUGGAAUUAUAUCUUUUUAUAUUUAAUCAACUCAUAAGAAUUCGUGUUAAUAAAAUAUAUGUUUCUCAUUUUAAGAAGAAGUAUAUGAAAUUAUGUAAUGAUGAGAAAAAAAAAGGGGGUAGUAAAAAUCAAUAUGACGAUAAUUUUGUUGUUAAUAGUGUGGAUGUUAAUAGUGUGGAUGUUAAUAGUGUGGAUGUUAAUAGUGUGGAUGUUAAUAGUGUGUAUGAUAGUUCAUAUGAGGAAAACACUCAUGGUAUUAAUAAUAAUAAUAAUAAUAAUAAUAAUAAUAAUAAUAGUAAUAAUAAUAGUAAUAAUAAAAAUUAUAGUAAUAAUAGUCAUAAUAUAAAUUAUAAGAAAGAAAUAAAACAGAUUGAUGACAAAUGCUCUUUUGGACAUGUCCUAAACACAUUUAACAAAUAUGAUAUAAAUAAUGCGGAAGAAAAAAAAAUCUUCCCAAUAAAAAAUACGAAUUCCUUAAGAAAAAAUAAAAUUGAUUAUUAUAAAUUAAAGGAUGGAAUAUAUAUAAAUAAAUAUGAGAAUAAAAUAAUAUACAAUAAGGAUAAAUAUUUAUACAAAAAGUCAUUGUUGAAAUAUGUUAAUUAUUAUAUAUAUACAAGAAAUGAUAAAUUAUAUUUGAAUGAGUAUAAUAUAUCUUAUAUAUUUAUUAAGUAUUCAACAUAUAUUGAGAAUUUUGAGUUAAACUUUUCUUUUGUGAUAGAUGACAUGGAUCAUGUGGACUUUUAUUUAUUGAGCAAUGAAAACAAUGUCAUAAGUAUCCAUAAAAUUAAAAACAGACAGAACAUAUCCUUAAGAGGAAGGAAAGGUAUGUAUAAAUGGUACAAUAAUCAUGCUGAUAAUAUUGUUUUAAAUAAUGAUAAAAAGGUAAAGGAAAAAGAAAAAAAAGAAAAUUAUAUUUACAUAGACGAUGGUAACGAAACAGAGGAUAAUUCAAAUUCUAAUAGUAGUCUAAGUAGUGAUACCGAAGAAUAUAAUUCUUAUAGUGAUGAUAAUAAUAAUGUUGACAAUAAUUUGAUAAAUCAUCAUCAUCACAAUAAUGAUAAUAAUACAAAAGAGGAAUUAGAAAUAAGUGAUAGUUUUUACAAAUUGAUAAAUCAAAAUGUACAUAACAAUAUGUACGAUGAUAAGCAAGUUUUGUUUGAUGAGAAUAUAUUUUUUUUUGAAAUUGAAGGAGAUAAAAAAAUGAAAAAUAAUAUAAAAAAAUCAAGUGUAAAAAAAAAAAUACACGGACGUAGUAAUUUUAAUAAUAAUUGUUUUAUGUUAUAUGAACAAUGGAAGAUUAAAAUGAGGAAGCAAAGAAAUAAAGAAGAUGAAUAUGAUGAAAAGAAAAUUGGUUAUAAUGAUAAUAUAAAUCUUUCCAAUGGUUAUAUAAGUAAUACUUUCUUUUCGUUUUAUAAAGAUAAGAAAGAAAAAUUAUUAUGUAUACCUUUUAUUAUACGACCGAGGGAUUUAAAAAAUGUUAGAAUCAAUUUUGAAUUUCUUUUCAAGAAUAUAUAUUUUAAGGAUGAGCUCAAAUAUGUACUCAAUUAUUUUGUAGAACCAUCACUAAUUACCAUAGUGACAAGGAUGAAUAUGAGAAAGGAUGAUGAAGAGAAUGAUUUGAUUAAUAACGAAGGAGAAGAUAAUAUACAAGAAGGGAUUAUUUCAUCACAGCAUAAUGAUACCAUUAAAGAGAAUAUAUCCAACAAUAUUUUAGAUAAAGAUUUGUUUUUUUAUAUAUCGUAUUAUUUAUAUAUACAUAAUAAUAAUAUAAAUAAAAUCCACCUUGUUGAUAUUGAAAAUAUAAAAAUAGAUAAUAUUAUAAAAAUGGAAUAUAAAAAUACUUAUUGUGAUUUUCUUAAAACUAAUAAAAAACAUUUGUAUAUUAAAUAUCAAUUAAAUUAUGGAAGUAUGUUUUUUCCUUUUAAUAUAAUAUUUAAGAAAUUAAUAUUUACCAAUUUGAUUAAAUUGCCAUAUGAAGAUUAUAUAGAAAGUAUAAAUAAUAAAAUAAAUUUACAAAACGAACAUAAGAAAAGUAAAAUUAAAAUAGAUUUAAUAUAUUCAAAAAUUGUAAAAUGUAAUGAAUUAUUUACUAUAGAAGCUGUUAUAACAAAUAAGACAAAUAUCACUGAGGAGGUUAUUAUAUUUUUAUAUGACUUACCAAAAGAAAAAGAAAAAGUAAAAAAAAAAAAAAAAAAAAAAUUAGCUAGCCAAAAUAAGGUAAAGCGAAAAAGUCAGAUGAGUAUUACAUAUGAUGAAAAAAAAAUAUAUGAAUAUAAUGAAAUAAAUAAAAAUAAUGAUAAUAUAAAUAAUGAUAAUAUAAAUAAUGUUAAUAUAGAUAAUUAUAAUACAAAUAAUUAUAAUGUCAAUAAAAGAAAUACCUUUUUUAAUACUCCUGAUUAUGAAUCGUCAUCCGAUGAUUAUACUUCAUGUUCAUCAUCUUAUUCUUCAUACGACAUGGAAUAUUUAAUAAACCAAGAUGAAUAUCUUUUGGAUGAUGAAAAUGGGGAUGCCACAAGAAAUGAAUUACACAUGAAUAAUAUAUUAAAUAAUGUUUCAGAAAAAAAAUAUAUCAUAUCAGGAAUUCGAAGUAUGAAAAAUAUUUUGUUACCAUAUCAGACCUUACAUAUACAUUGGUCUUUCAUACCUCUUACAUAUGGGCUUAUAACACUACCUAAUGUUUUAAUAAAAAGAAAAACAAAAGUAAAAAAUAAUGUUAAUGUGUUUGCUUCAAAGGAUAUUCAAAUAAUUGUAAUAUGA